UGCCUUUCUUCCAGUCUCAAAUUUUAAACAUUAAAAGUAAUUAACAAAUACUGCUGUUGUGACCUCUUGGGGGGAUUGAAAUCGUUCUGCUGUUUUAAUGGUUUAAACCAAAAAGCUUAACAAAAUGUCGACAAUUCAAGAAGGUCAGAUUUUUGCCCAUAAAGAAGUGGUAUAUGCAAUAGCCAUAUUGUAAAUUUCAAUCUUGGGUUUGGUUUUUUUUUACCAAUAAAAAAUUAUACAGGCCUCCGGAUAGGUUAGGCGAACAAUAUAAUAGGUAUAUAUAUUUUUUAAUGCGACUCCUGUGUAGAUUAAAAAAAUACUACCACUUUGCGCUGACGUGCAACGCAUCACACACACACACACACAUGUUAUCGCUGUCUCAUUAGCGACCACGUGAAGAUAAGCUACAACACCGUGUAUUAUGGGUAUUUACGUAGACAGGCAGGUAUAGCUAUAUAGGUAUAAUAUUAUCAUGUUUAUAUGCGUUUUGAGUGAUGUAUGUAUGUAUGUGUGUGGUUCUCUAUUAUCUGUAUAGCUGCUGUGCCAGACGAUGAUGGAAAACUUUUAGUUGAUAAUUUUUUUCUUUCUAUCUCUCUCUCUCUCUCUGUGUUUGUGUGUGAUGUGUGAUCAAAGGCCAGUAAAUUGUGUUCAAACGCAUCCGGACACCAGACCAGUGCAGACAUGAGAGCCCAACACGACCGGAACAAGCUCAAACCCAAAUCGUACGAGUACGUCACGCUCAACAGGUUUCACCUACCGGACGACCAUGAAUUCAUCGACGACCUGUUGAACUUGGAAAAAGACAACAACAAUAUACCGUUCAGUUUGUUGACCGACAUAUGCGUGCCGGUAUCGUUGCUGCUUAUAAUAGUACUUUUGGGAUACGAAAUGGAUUCCAUGGGAACCGACGCAGACAGCACUCUAGUGUUAGUGUAUGGAAUUGUACUCAUCGUGGCCACGGGUGGAGCUUGUGGCUAUGUCGCCUUAAGGAUGUCAGCCACGCAACCGUACAGACCAAUGUCGAUUUUGCCAGCAGAGGUAAAACUAUUAUCGCCGCAAAAAUCAAGAUCUCAGAGAUACUACUAUCAGAGUAUACCGGAAGUGCACAAAGUCGGUAAAAAACGAACCAUUACGUUUAUGGUUUAGGCCAAAAACAAAAAAAACAAAACGCUGCUUUGUUUGUGUAAUAUACAUUUUAUGUAAAUAGUAUGAGAUAUGUGUGCAGAACUAAUAUAUUGUGAUUAAUAAUUAUUGUAAAUACUUUAUGUACACCGCGUGAGUGUGUGUGUGGUGUUGUUGGAGUAAUAGUUUUAUUUUUUUAAACGGAAGUUCGUAAUACUUGUAAACGUAUCAGUAUUAAUGUAUGGUACCUAAUACUUAUGUUUAUGUAACUUUCUUGUAGUAACCUAUUGAACAUAAUACUAUAUUGUAACUUAUUGUUAUGAGACGACAAUCUAAUCGCAUUACUUUUUUAAUGUUUAACUUAAUUUAAAUUAUACGAAAUUAUAUAUAUAUAAAUAAAUAUAACAUGAUAUUAUUUUUGUAAACAUAA